GUUGCAUUUUUUCCUAUAGGGUACUUUUGUUUCUUUUCCAAAUAUAAAACAAAUUUGGAUUUGCUCAGACUUUUUGCUGGUUUUGCUCGUCUCCUGAAUAUUUCCCUUGAUAUUUCUGGCACAAUUAAUAAAAUGAGUGAUCCUUCAGAGCAAAAUGCCGAAAAUCGCCCCGAGAGCCCGGACGAAGCAGAAGAUGAACCGGCGACACCGCAGCAGCAGAAUGAGGAACCUCCGGUUCGGAUGGAAGACGUAAUUACUAUCGACCCGGAAGCCACCGAUGUCGACUUGAAUCACGGCCGGAUCGGUAAGAUUGAAAACUUGGAACCGCUCGUGAAAUUGGAGAGAUUAUAUUUGCGAUGGAAUCUGAUCAAGAAGAUCGAGAAUCUGGACCAUCUCACCGAGCUCCAGGAGCUGGAACUGUACGACAAUCAGAUUACCGUAUUGGAAAACCUCGACAACCUGGUUAAUCUGGAAAUGCUGGACAUCAGUUUCAACCGCUUGCACAAAAUCCAAGGUUUGGAUCAGCUAACGAAGCUGAGGAAAAUAUUCCUGUGCUCCAACAAAAUUUCAACGAUUGAGAAUGUCGGGCAUUUAUCUAACCUUACGAUGCUGGAGCUAGGUGACAAUAAGCUUCGGAAAAUCGAAAACCUUGAUUCCCUAACCAACCUCACGCAUUUGUACCUGGGUAAGAACAAAAUCACAAAAAUCGAGAACCUUGACAAACUGGUCAAGCUGGAGUGCCUAAGCGUACAGUGCAAUCGAAUACUGAAAAUCGAAAAUCUCGAUAAGCUAAUCAAUCUGACCGAACUGUACGUGUCCGAGAAUGGCAUCGAAAAGUUGGAAAAUUUAGAGCACAACGUGCAGCUGGAAACGCUGGAUUUGGCCAAAAAUCGGGUCAAAGUCAUCGAAAACAUCGCCCAUCUGGAGUCGCUCGAAGAUCUUUGGAUGAACGACAAUCAGGUGGCCGAUUGGGGCUGUGUCAGUGUUCUGGCAGCAAAUAAAAAGUUAGGUACCGUAUACUUGGAGCGGAAUCCUAUCGCAUCGGAACCGACCUAUCGGAACAAAUUGAAACUAGCCGUGCCUUGGUUGACGAAGAUCGACGCAACUCUGUGUCGUUAAAGCAGAACUAAUUAAUCAAACAAAUAUCGCUAGGAUUCUCACACGGGAGGACCACAAUCGGUUAUCAUCUUCAACUAGCUGUGCUGAACAUCAACUACCGGUGAUUUGGAAGAAAUGUUGUUCGAAAUACGUUAGAGGUAAGUAUUAAUUUUGUGCUAAUUUUGAUCAUGUUGGAAAAAUUGUAAUGAACUUAUUAGUAGUAACCAGA